ACUUAGUCAUUAUUUUACUUACGCUUCUAACGGCCUCUAACAACGCAUGACCUUUUCUAGCAUUCACCAAUUAAUUGCCUUGGUAAUGAAUUGCAUAUGUAUAUACAUAUAUAUAGGCCUAGUGUAAACAUACGUGUAUUUACGGAAAUAAAUCACCAUAACAAACUGACCCUGGUGGAUCGAGCCCAGUGUAGCAUAACAAGUGACCUCAUUCAAAGGACAGCUUCGAUCUCUCAUCUACGCACUUGUUAUUCUAAUGCAUUUCACUUGUAUGCAUUCUGUGCAGUGUUUAAUUCCAGGCACAAGGUCACAUUUUCCCGUCAAUCGAUAUGCCUCACCCCAAUAGCGCCUCAUUCGCAUAAUUCUGCCUCGUGCGGGUCAAGUUCGCCCUCCAAUAGAGCCUCACAGAAAAUCUUCCAUUGGGAUCGCGUGCGCCCUUUCCGAGUAUCAUAUUCAGUUGGCCCUUCCUUCUACUCUCGUUUUCUCCGCUAAUCUGCUUCAGCAGCCAAGGUCAUCUUUGCCUUCAUCCUUCGUUGUGUUCGCAGUUGGCUUGACAAAGAGGCCGGCAAACAAGCCUGAUUUACAAGCGGUGUGGCGGCUGCAGACGAGAUUCGGACUCCACUCCCGCGAUAACCCCUAAGCAGAGCGAGAGGCGGAGACAGUCAUCUGUGGCGUUACCUUUGGCAGACCCGUCCAUAGCUGUGACCGGUUACAGGCGGGACGACCCCUUGGAAUUUAGUCAAAUUGACGACUUAAGUUUUCUCAAGGCGACGACUUUCCGUUUAUGUCGGACGAGAAACGACCGUCCAAACAGCCUGAGCGAGAGUUACGCGGAGAGCUUAGACAAGUUGCCUGCCAUUAUCGACGCGGAGGAGCAGGGUGAAAAUCACGGGACUCACGUGACACAUGACAAGAACUCGUCUGGCGAUUCUGAUAAAUGUCACGUGCUCCCUAACGGACAGCAUCUGGAGAAAGUUCCUGUUCCGGAAUAUCUACGGGAAUGCCUGUUGACAAAUGUAUGUUCACAUCAUAUGUAACUACUGGCGCAUUAUCCUUAGUAUCUUAAAGUAAUGUGAUGUUGACAAAUUGACAUUGAAAAAUGGUCUAAAUUGAUAUUUUCAAGUAAUCUGAACCGGGUUGUUGUGUAUAUAUAUGAUAGCGAAAUUACCACAAUACUUAAGUCAAAUAGUAAAAUCACCCAAGGCCACCAGUGAUAUCUUUUGUGAUUCCAUAAAAAGUUUUAAAAUCACCAUUUAGCUAAAUGACACUUGCGCCUAAAUUUUCAUGUGCUGGACAUCGAACUUUAGUCGGAGACGCAGUAUUUUGAUGCCUUUUCCGUGAAAGACUCUUUAUGAGCAGACUUUGGACGUUACUAAAAUCUAGUACUAGCUCAUUAGGUUACAGAAUCAGGGCUGAAGUCUUUGGCGUCAAAUACACCAAAAUGUCGACAGCAGUAACCUUUCCGGACGAGUCCAAGAUCAGGGAGAACCAAGAGCUUUUCCGUCAAAAAUUCCAGGAGGAGUUUUGGCUUCACAGGAAAAAGUACGAUUCUUUGUUGAGGAAGAGUAAGCGUAACUCAGACACAGUAGAUUCUUCGCAUCCCAACUCCUCCCCACAAAGCGAGGAAAUUUCUCUGGAAGAAGGCACGGCGUUUGAAGAGCUAUACGACAUGACGCUUGGGCGAAAGCAGCACAGCAAAGCGCGGGGAAUUUACCGCACUUUGUCCCGUUCAGGCGGUGAUAACAGCGUCGGUGCUGUUGUCAAAAAUGUCGGCAAAGAGAUUUCCGAGGCGUUUCAGUACCAGUUGGCUAUUUUGGCUGGGGCAGACGACAUCAAGAAAGCGGCGAAAUUCGCCAUCCACGCCAUUUUACAUUACAUGAAGUCCCCGGAUGCUGUCAUCAACGAAUCAGCGUUAAUGGACGCGGUGAUGGAAGAGAAUGUGCAUCCCGGAAUUAUGGAAGAUUUACAUUUGAAAACUCGUUUUCCGAACGAUAAACAUUUCCACGGUAUCCACUGGACAGCAGAUGGGUUGUUCCGCGAACCAGGAAUUCGUUGGCCCGAAGAGGUAGUUUGCAAGAAUAGCGCUGAGGAUCAAGGGGAGAUGAAAGUCCGCUUUUCCGGAUCCUUUACACCGUUCGGUUGUUCCUGUCGACCAGAAAUUUACGGUUAUCGCGCGCCAAUACAUGUGCGCGAUGCAGAAACCGGAAAUACAGUUAUUCUCUGUCGGGACAGAACCAUGCUGUGCAGGCUGAAGAACGCAGGGAAGCAAGGGAGAGAAUCCCCAAAUGUGCAUCAGCAGUUCACUCCCUUGGAAACGACAAGUUAAUCUCUCUCAGAAUUAGUUGUGGUAAAAUAUCUCUUGGUCGCAAGCACUGGAAUCUCUAAAAUCAGCUUUGCACAACGUGAUGGCACAGGAUAUAAUAAUGACUUUGAUUUGCUUAGGUCAGAAAGCACUGUAGGACGGUUCUCUGUAAGGGAGAAUGCUGGUAAUUAGACCUCGAUCAUUCAAAAGUGUUCCAUCAUCUGUGAAACUCUGCUGACUGAUAACUUCACUCCCGUUUUAUCUCGUUGAAUCUCGUCUGCAGAGUAAGACAUUUCUGGAAUGUUAAACUUACCUCUGACUGCAAACAUAGUCACAAUGCUUCUCCUGAAAUCACGUGAUUCGUCUUCUACCUCAAAUACACACAUCUUAAUACCCAACGAAUCAUUGCUGAAAGGAUGCUGGUCUUCGGAAAUCAGGCAGUAUGCAGGCCUAGGAAAACAAUAUCCCGUCAUACAUCGUAUCAUCAGUGUAUAGGCCUAACAAAAUAUUUAGCAUCAAAUGUGCAGUAUAUGCAGAAGAAUAAGAAAAGCAAUGGUGCGUGUCACAUGGAUAUAUAGACAGUUUAGGCCUAUUGAAGGAUUUUGCAUCGUACGUCCAGUACUUGCAGAAGGAUGCAACGCUGCGCCAUACAUAUCAAGGCAGUACUGGCAGGUAUGGAGGUAUAUUGCAUCACAUACCAUUACAGACAGAUGGACCGCAGGAAACCAAUGUUGUAUCAAUCGUCAUGUAGGACCCCAUUGACAGUACAAGCCUAUAAAUCAUUUUGCACCAAACACGAUUAUAGGCAGAAGGAUUACAGGCAAAGAGUAUUGCGUCACACAUGUAUAGGCAGUAUGGGCCGAUGUGGAAGUAUUUACCAUCACACACCAUUAUAGGCAGAAGGAUUACAGGCAAACAGUAUUGCGUCGUACAUCAUGUAUAGGCAGUAUGGGGCGAUGCGGAAGUAUUUAACACCACACUCCAUUACAGGCAGAAGGAUUACAGGCAAACAGUAUUGCGUCGCACGUGUAUAGGCAGUAUGGGGCGAUGUGGAAGUAUUUAACACCACACUCCAUUAUAGGCAGAAGGAUUACAGGCAAACAGUAUUACGUCGUACAUAAUGUAUAGGCAGUAUGUUGCGAUGUGGAAGUAUAUACCAUCACACUCCAAUACAGGCAGAAGAAUUACAGGCAAACAGUAUUGCGUCGUACGUCAGGUAUAGGCAGUAUGGGCCGAUGUGGAAGUAUAUACCAUCACACUCCAUUAUAGGCAGAAGGAUUACAGGCAAACAGCAUUGCGUCGUACAUCAUGUAUAGGCAGUAUGGGGCGAUGUGGAAAUAUUUAGCAUCACACACCAUUAUAGGCAUAGGGACAAGGAAAGCAGAGUUGCGUUACACAUCGAUAUAGAGUAUGGAGUCAUUCUACAUCACACAUCCAGCACAGGCAGAAAGACAACAGGAAAAAAGUUGUUUAUGUGCAGCACAGGCCAGGGAAACAUUUUACGUCACACAUCCAGUAUCACGAGAGGGAAGAACUUAGAAAGUCAACCCCAGAAGUCAGACUAUAAUGCUAUCUCCAGUUUGAGUCUUGAGAACUGGUCGGCAUUCUACGACAUACACCUUCCCCAAUUCGCUCAUGCUGAUCUGUUCUUAUUCAAGCUUUUAUCAAAGGAGAUUUCGGUUUUGGCGGGAAAUCAAAGCAGUCUGGACUUGUAAAAGGCAAGUAACUGUGGACCAGAUUGAAAAACAAACUGUGAAGAUCACGAAUUAGCUGUGGAGGUAUGAACUGCUUAUCGCACCGUGUUACAACUGCUGUGGCCUGUAUAUACUUUCAAUGAAGUCUGUACCGAACGACUACGUAAAAAGUGAAUCGACUAUUUAGAAUUUAAUAAAGUUUAAAGUGAUGUAAAUGUACAUUUUAAAUAACGGAACUACCUUGCAAUGUUUACUUACAGUGUUCAAUUUAGGACCAGAUUUUAUGUUGUGUGCGUUUUCAAACAUUUUGUUUAAUAUUUUGCUCAGUUCACAAGGUUGCUAUAAAGAGGCCAUGUAGCUCAAUUUUGUCGACGGAAUAAUCUCAUAAUAGCUGUGUAAUGCGGCGUACUACAUUUAUUCUUCCGCAGUUUCCCGUUACGGUGAAAAAUUACUCAAACUUUUUUGCAACUCUUUGUUCUAGGUUGGUGAUACAUUUUGAAUAAUUUAAUUUCUAUGAGAUAUAUUUUGUUUUUUACUUUUUUGUCUCAAUUAAAUGAUAAAUACUCAAACAAGUAUAUAAGUGUACAUUUACAAUGUUUUUAGGUACUGUUAGGCCCACGUCAUAUGUACAUACUUCAAUGUGACCUCUUUUUGAGUAUUGCUAGACCUAAUUUUUUUAACCUAAUUCUGUCUCAGCCUUGGUACUGAGCCUGGGUGGGGGGCGGGGGUGUAAGUUGCUGCUAUUUAUGCAUUUACAUGAACAGUUAGAAUAAAACCCUGACAGAGGUAAGUUGAGACAGUGUUUCACCGGUUACGUAUGAUUAUUUGCCAGCUAUCACACUGUCGUCGCUGCUCUGGUUUUACUGUCUAUGCUGUAGCCGUAUUUCACCGGUUACGUGUGCCCAUUUGCAACCUAUCACACUGUCGUAACUACUCUGGCUUUACUCUCCAUGCUGUACGUCUUUGAUUAUAUUUAUAGGUCUGUUCAGGAUGCGGGGUUAUCUUCUAUUGGGGAUUUAUAGCUCUGACUUUUAGAUUUCCCAGAUCUCACUGUUCGUUGGACCUUGGUGACAGUGAGCCAGGUAGCUAUAUUUAGUGCGCAUGGCCGAGAUUUCUUCGCUGUGGGACAAUCAAGGCCAUGUGGCCAUUGGUUAAAGCAAUAUAACUCUCGGCAGUCACACACAUUUCAGCAAGUUUCGUGCAUUUUAUGCGAGUCUUUGUGACAGCAACGACUUUAAAUGGGCUGAAACAUAGUUUCACAUUGAAAUCAGGCAGAUACACAUACAAAUUAGACUUGGACUGAAUAUUUGUCUUUUUGUCCAAGUCUGUAAUGUUGUAGCGUAGGCAUCGAUGUACUUUUGUUUAUCCCACGUAUGACUCGUUUGCUCAUGCGCAUUUAUGCACCUAUAGAAACAGCUAUCUGGCUUAUAAACACUCGGUUUAGCUCAGGUGUCUGUUUGCGCUUGCGCAGUCUAACGUUCGUUGAAGAUCAUUUAUCUUCCAAACCAUUAUAGCGCGCAAAUCUACGUCAUACGUGGAAAAGCUCGUCAUUAAUUUGCCAAAGGUCGGUGGUUUUCCCUAGGCAUUCCAAGCCCUGUUUCACGCACCACAUCAGACUGACCACCAUCCCUGAAAAUGUUUGAUAGUGUCAAACCAUAAAUAAAUAAAUCCCAAAGAAGAGUUAUCUUCUCUUGCAAACCUUGAGCUCCACGUAACAAGUUCCAAACCAAGAAGAUCUCUACCGCUAUUUUGAAUGGACCUAUGUACGUCUCUGUUUGACAAUUAUCACCGUAAGUAAUAACCCAUGCAGAUCACCAAAUCUUGUAUCUUAUCUUUUUUUUACGUUGAAACCCAUUGUUUUCGUUUCAAUUGACCAUUUUGCUUGAAAAUAUUUUAGUUACUUACCCUGUAAAUCAAACCAUUUUUAAACAACUAUUCUAUUCCUUUACCCUGGUAGUUUUACAAUACUACUUUAUUGUCUUAAUAAACUUGGCAAAAUAAUGUGCAUGCAAAAUAAUGUGCAUGCAAAAUAAUGUGCA